AUGCCGCUUCCACCACCUCCUCCCGGACCACCCCCGACCGGAAGGUCACAGAGUGUGAAUGGCCUGUCGGAGGCCUCAGGGAUGCGCAAUUCACAAUUACUGACACGGAGAACACGACCCCCGCCAGUUAUGGGCACAGGCCUGGAUAGCAUCCCGCCCACCCCAGCUGGCUGGGUGGAUGAAGGUUCAGUGGAGAGCAGGCAGAGACGGGAUAGGGAGCUUCCCAGCAUCGAUACGUCCAGCGCUGCCCUAUCUAGUCCCGCAGGCCCUAUUUCAGGAACCAGGGAAUCUUCUCAUACAUCGCAAAACUCAGCUAAUGGGGGGCUUUUCCGCAGCCCAGCUAUUCGGGAUGCUAGUGCGAAGGGCAUCCGCGAAAGGCGCAUUGAACGCAGAAACAGACAGAGUCAGGUAUUCGAUGAUUAUAGCGCGGUGUCGACCAGCAGCAACCCUUGGGCAGAGGCGCUGGAUCAGGUGAAGCCUUCAAACCUCGUUCUUGAAAACUCAAAUACCACACCCGACAACGGACGACACCUGAAUUCCACAAAGUUUACACCUCGGAGCAACGCUAGUGCCGGUUCGGAUGGGCAGCAGGGGAUUACCCGGUCGAGGGCGUCCUCCACCGGACUAUUCUCAGGUCGUUCCUCGUUUUCCACUCCAAGAGCCGAACCCAGUCCAGCUGCACCCUCCCGAAUGUUUGCACAAACUCCGCCCUUUUCACCAGGUACAGAAAACACAUCCCCAACUCUUGGCAAGGCUCCAGCGACUCAGGCUCUACCACCAAAGGCUCUUCCUACACCCCCGCUGCAUUCGGGGCAGGAUGUGCGGCCGCCUUCUCGUCGGGCUCCGAGUGAGGAGCGUCCCGUAUCCCACAUAUUACACUUACCCAAUGAGUCUAUCUCUGCGGUGGCCGCGUUAUCCCCUCGCCGUGUCGUCGCACAACAGAGCUCUUCUCUGGACUCUGUCCUCAGCCAAGAUCUGGGAUUCAUCCGGGAUGCCAUGCAAAGACACAAGGAGUUCAUAGAGAAGGAGGCCAGUGCUGUCAAUGACAGCGAAGCGCUGCGGAUCUUUACUGAAUACAUCAUCGCCGAGUCUCAGCUGAGACGAGAAAAAUAUGCCAAGGUGUGGGAGUAUGGCACCUUUGACCUUGAUCCCGUGCACCGUAAACUGUUCGAGCUGCCACCAAAACCGAUAACUCCACCUGAGGAAAGUAAUGCAGCCCCCGCGUCACUUUCGCGGCGGCCCUCGCGAGGACCUCGGGCGGUACCACCGCUAGAUAUCCCUUCAAGCCGCCCCGAGUCCGCAUGGUGGAGCAACUAUAAGCCUUGUCUUUCGCCGAUCGCGAGCAUGAGCAUGAGCAACGACGAAAUGAGCUCAAGAGGCCGUGCCCCCAGCCGUUGGUGGGAAUCGAAGACUGGCUCCGAGAGCGAAGGCGGCGAAAGAAAGGUUCAGCGUUCGAAGCGAGAAUCCAAGUACAUGGGGGUGCCUCGCGAGGCCAUGCAAUGGGCACAGGGACAGGAGACUAUUGGAGCGAACCUAUCAAGCUAUGGAUCGAAUACGGCGAGUCAGUACGCUGCCUACGGCCCAGACGAGUAUCCCCCCGAAAAGGUCGGAUGGCAUGAAGAUGCUGAGCCCACUCCAUUAGGCCUUCCUGGCUCCACGUCUCACUUCGGGAUCGGACGCAACAGGGAAGUCCAGAAAUUGGACGUCUCAAGAUUGAUCACGCUCCCACCACCGUAUCCUCGCCAUCAUCCUGCAGUCAACAAUAGCCACCCAGACCUUGUCACUUACCGAACAUUGGUUCGAUCGAUCAGCGAUCUCGCGGAGAUCAAAGCAUCCAGGCAGCGGCACAGUUCGGAUGUCGAACAUCUACUGCAGAGCCAUCGCGAGAGGGCCGAAGAAGGUCGCCGACAGUUCAACGCCAACAUCCAAAGUCAAAUCCAGCAAGGCAGCAUCACGUUUGCGGAAGCCGCAGAAGCCGAAGCUGCUCUGAUCGAGGAAGAGAAUCGACUCGACCGAGAGCUGGCCAAGAAGGAACUAGACAUGUACCAGGAAUCCGUCCUGAACCCGGUGCAUACCGUGCUCACCGACCGGAUCAAUCGCGCUACUACCUGCAUCGACGAGCUGAUCGGAAAAUUAUUCGAUGAUGCGCAGCAUGAGACUCCGGAUCAAACCCAAGAGGAGGGCGAUGAGAAGCCGGAGCUACUUGAAAAACUCACGCAGCUCAAGUGGCUCUUUGAGGCUCGGGAACAGCUACAUCGCGAAGCUUACGAUUUGAUCGGCGGCCGCGAUGAAAAGUACAAGGCGGCUGUCCUACUUCCCUAUCGGCAGAAGGCGAAUGAGGACAAGAUCCGGGAGACGACCGCGUUCUUCACCAAAGAUGCUCUAGACCGUCGGGUCACUUUUGAAGCCCAAGCGUUGUCUCGGCUGGAGUCCUUCUUGAGCGUGAUCGAAGAGAACGUGAUUCGAGGCGUCGAGGUGCAGCUGUCCGCCUUUUGGGAUAUUGCCCCAUCCCUCCUGGCCCUGAUCCAGCAAGUCCCCGCUGAAUUCCGCGGGUUUCACAUUCAGAUCCCUGCCAACGAGUAUGAAGAGAACCCCAGCUACCACGAACACCCGCUCCAGUAUCUCUACACGUUGGUGUCGCACGCAGAGAAAUCGAGCUACCAGUUCAUCGAAUCGCAAAUCAAUCUCUUCUGCUUGCUGCACGAAGUCAAAUCCGCGGUCAUGAAAGCCAACUGUAAGCUGAUGGAGGCCCAGCGGAUUCGCCAGGGCGAGGCCGAGGAUGAUGUGCGACGCGAGAUGCAGGAAUCUCGUGCUGACGAGGAACGCGCUCUGACCAACGAUCUUAAGGACAAAGUCGCUACGGUGGAAGGUCAAUGGAAUGAUGCUCUUGGAAUCCAGAUUCAGCACCUGCGAGACCGGGUGAAAGCGCAGCUUGUUGCUGAAAAUGGAUGGGAUGAACUGGAACAGCUUGAACAAGCAUGA